GCCAUCUUUGUUAAUGGCAGUGAUGUCCGAAAACAGGAACCGAUGGAGAGUUUCGGGCUGAAGCUGUUGAAUUCUGGACUGGAAACAUGGUCCAAACGUGCUCAGCGUACGGCUGUAAGAACCGGUACCACAAAGACAGGAACAUUUCAUUCCACAAGUUUCCUCUGGCCCGUCCGGAUGUUUGUGGGAAAUGGGUUGCCGCCAUGAGGAGGAACAACUUCAAGCCAACAAAAUACAGCAACAUCUGCUCACAGCAUUUCACCGCUGACUGCUUCAAGAGGGAGUGCAACAACCGGGUGCUGAAGGAGAACGCUGUGCCGUCGCUCUUCACCUUCAACUUAAGCAUGAAGUCAGAAUCUUUGGAGGAUCCAUUUUCUUCGGAGAUCCACUUCCCCCUCUCUCUGACCUUGGAGCCUGUAGUGACAGCGGAAGAGGAGGAGCCUGACGGGAGCGUCGCUGACAACCGCAGUGAUACGGCGGUGGUCUCCUGUGAUCACAACUACACAGCGGAGGACUCAGCGCAGCAGAAGAAGCGCAUUGAGCAGCUUGAGGAGCAGUUGGAGGUCCUGAGGAAGAAGCUGAAGACCACACAGCAGAAGUGUCGGCGCCAGGAGCGGCAGCUGAAGAGGCUGAAGACCACCUGCCAGGCACCCAAAGCAGGUCGUGAGCCAGCGCUGACGUUCGCUGGAGAAUAUGUGAUUUUACCCAAACACAUGUACAGCACAUUGAAAGGGAUCGAGUGAUGACGAGGGGCGGGGUUAAACUGCUGGAGUCUGACCCAACCCUGACGGGUCCUGACAAUGCCCCCUCUAAGCUGUGAGCUUGCGCAGUCGCGCAAUGCUCACAUAAUUGCGCACUGCUUGCACAUUCUCAGCGCACAAGAAAAAUCUAUGCCAGGCAUAAAAUAAAAUUCAAC